AUGGCGACCGAACAUCAAGAAGAAACACUUGACAAGUUUGACAUUGAAACUGGUUUACCUGCCUUUCGAUUCUGUUCUUGGUGCUAGACAAAUUGGAGGAAUGUUUUGACAAUCCUACAACAGAUACAUUUCAUAUACAAGCUCAGUAUAUAGUUGUGGAUAAAACUGUUAACCUGCUGAGAUCUAUUGCCUAGUCAAAUGAGGAAGAUCGGCUUGAAUGGGAAGCCUUGGCCCAGGUAUUUUCUGCACUAUUAUUCGUAGUACAAGAGCAUCUUAAAACGCAAACUUUGAGACCAUCUUCGAUUUCUGUGCGACAGUGUGACACUGUUAGAACUGGAGCUCCAGGUAGACCACCAUUUUAUAUUCCUGCAGAAACCUUGGAAGAUCUUCGUGGAAUUGGGUUUUUAUGGAAAAAGAUUGCUCAGUUCUUUGGGGUUUCUCGAUGGACUGUCUAUCGCCGAGUCCAGACAUAUGGCUUGCAAAACAUGCAACAGUUCAGUUUGUUAUCAGAUGCAGAAAUAGAUGAUAUAGUCGCAGAAUAUUUAGGUCGUCAUGGUUUCACAACAGGACGAACGUAUUUAGCAGGUUACUUGAGGUCACUAGGAUUACGAGUACAGAGAAGAAGGGUUCGCGAAAGUUUGACCAGGGUGGACCCUCGAAAUACUGCUUUGCGAUGGGGAAUUGUUAUUGCCCGUAGAAAGUACUCAGUACCGUGGCCCAAUUCAUUGUGGCAUUUGGAUGGUCACCACUCUCUUAUUCGUUGGGGCCUUGUGGUGCACGGGUGCAUUGAUGGUUUUUCAAGACGAAUCAUGUUCCUGAAAUGCAGCAACAACAACCUCUCGCAAACUGUUUUGGAACUGUUCAUGAAUGCAAUUGAGAAAGAUGGCCUAUGGCCAUCACGUAUUCGCGUUGACCAUGGGGUGGAAAACGUAUUGGUAUGCGAUGCCAUGGUGAGUGCAAGAGGUGAAGGCAGGGGAAGUUUUAUUGCGGGCCCUUCCACAAGAAACCAGAGAAUUGAAAGACUUUGGAGAGAUGUGUUUAGGUGUGUAUGUAGCUUUUUUUAUUAUAUAUUUUAUGCAAUGGAAGAUGCUGGUUUACUUAACAUCAACAGCCCUAUCGAUUUGUUUUGCACUUCAUUUGACAUUUAUUCCAAGAAUACAUUUUGCUCUUCGUGAGUUUUUGGAGGGUUCUAAUCAUCAUCGGGAAAGAACAGCCAUCACUGAAGUUGAAGUUGAAUUUUCAUUGAAAUGAAGUUGAAUUUUCAUUGAAUUGAAGUAGAAUUUCCAUUGAAUUGAAUUUUCAUUGAAUUGAAGUUGAAUUUCCAUUGAAUUGAAGUUAAAUUUCCAUUGAAUUGAAGUUGAAUUUUCAUUGAAUUGAAGUUGAAUUUUCAUUGAAUUGAAGUUGAAUUUCCAUUGAUUUGAAGUUGAAUUUUCAUUGAGUUGAAGCUGAAUUUUCAUUGAAUUGAAGUUGAAUUUAUAUUGAUUUGAACUUGAAUUUUCAUUGAAUUGAAGUUGAAUUUUCAUUGAAUUGAAGUUGAAUUUUCAUUGAAUUGAAGUUGAAUUUCCAUUGAAUCGAAUUUUGAUUGAAUUGACGUUGAAUUUUCCAUUGAAUUGACGUUGAAUGUGUUUAUUGAAUAUUGCUACAGUUGGCUUGCCAUAGACUAUAUAGUCAUAAGCCAUAAUGAGGGGGGGGGGUGAAUAUGGGUAUACAAAUCCGCCGAUCCGCCCAAAUUUGAAGCAAAAUCCGCGAUCCGAGCCAAAAUAUUAGAUAAAUCCGCAAUCUGCUGUAUUAAUAAGAUCCGAAAUCCGUGUAAAACAUUCGCCAGAUCCGAAAUCCGGACAAUUUUUUCUGUGAAAUCCGACGAUCCGAAAACCUAUUCGCCCUCCCCCCCCCCAUAAUAAUUAUAUAGUCAUAUUUAACAAUUAUUCGCCGAAGGCGUGGUGAUUAUCGGGGAAUAUUCACCGAGAUGAAGUCGAGGUGAAUAUUCCCCGAUAAUCACAAAGCUUUAGGCAAAUAAUUGUUUUAGCAUUUUUACAUGAAUCUUUUGUGUUUUUCGGAACUGAAUUCAUUUUAAUUUCGCUUAUUUUUUAUCAGUAACUUCCACAAAGCGUCUAACCGCCAUUUUGCAAAUUUCGGUUUUGUUAUAUUCACCUGUAGGAGAAGCUCUGUAAGCUCUCCUUUUUCUAAACUUAAAGGCUCUAAAAUAGGCCAGAUUAAUAUAGCCAGUCUCGUGGCGGGGUUGCAAUGUUUAUUCGUAAAAAUAUACCUUAUAUUAUUAGGCAAGAUUUAGUUCCUGACGCCAUUGAGCUGCUUUGUAUCGAGGUGAGAAAGCCAAAAAGUGAACCUUUAUUAAUUGCAACAUGGUAUAGACCACCUAACUCUAGCCACGAUUUAUUUCAUAAAUUUGAAAAUUUCCUAAAGCUAGUUGAAGACGAAAAUAUGGAAAUCAUCAUAACUGGUGAUCUCAACUGUAACUUUUUAGAAAUGCCAAAAAGCCAAGUCACAUGCAAAUUAGUUGACAUAAUGAAUAUUUAUCAAUUACAGCAGCAUAUUAAAAUACCGACGAGAGUUACCCCAAUAACAUCUAGUUUGAUUGAUGUUAUCUUUACCUAUAUGGGGGAUAAUAAAACAUUAGAAACAGGAGUCAUACCGCUUGGGAUCAGUGACCACAAUCUUGUAUAUAUAUAUGCCGCAAGAUUAGUCUCCCAAAAGAAUUACCUUAAAUUGUCCUAUCUAGGCAAUACAAGAGAUACAAUGUGAACGCGUUCAAUCAUGAUUUGAAUGAAAUUUUUAAUUCGUAUCCGAAUGCUUCAAAUGAUCCGAAUGAACUUUGGAGUGAUUUUAAAAUCAAAUUUCUUACUAUCGCGGACAAACAUGCGCCAAUUAAACAAAGGCGUGUGAAAAGUGAAUUUAAACCGUGGAUUAUUAGCGAAAUUAGACGACUGAGUUAUCACAGAGAUUAUUUAAAAAGGCAAGCCAUCCGAUUGCGAUCUGUCUACUAUGAAACGGCCUACAAAAAAUGUAAAAACAAAGUAACUAAUCUGAUUAGAACUUCAAAAGAGAGUUACUUUAAGUCCAAAUUAAGUAAUUCUAACAAUAGCAAAGAAAGCUGGCAAUCUAUUAAUGAGCUUCUGAAUAAAAAAUCCAAGACUAGUCAAAUAAGGGAAAUUAAUUUUGAGGGCGAAACUGUAAUAAACGACGAGAAAAUUGCUGCCGGUUUUAAUGAAUAUUUUUCAACUAUAGGUAGUAAAUUGUCCGAAGGAAUUAAGGACGGUGACAUUGAUCCGCUAAGCUUUAUGACUGUUACGCAUGAUGACAAAUUUAACUUUAACUUCAUUACUAUAGAUGAAGUAAUUGAUGCGCUAAAUCUCAUUCAGUCAAAAAAAUCUUCAGGACUGGAUGGAAUUAGUGCAAGACUGUUAAAAGACGGAACACACAAUAUUGCUGGGCCAUUGGUUGAUAUUUUCAACCUGUCAUUACGGACCGCUAUAUGCCCUGACGACUGGAAGUUAGCAAAAGUAUACACCAGUCUUCAAGGACGGUAAUAGGAAUGACUGUGGAAAUUAUAGACCAAUUUCUGUAAUCUCCGUUGUUGCUAAGGUAAUUGAGAAAUUGAUAUAUCAACAGCUAAAAUCCUUUAUGACAAUAAACAACAUUCCUGUGGACCAGCAGUCGGGUUUCCGUUUUCAACAUUCCACGGAAACUACUCUGCUUAGUUCUACAAAUGAAUGGUUGUAUAAUAUGGAUAGGGGCCUCUUUACUGGAGUCCUAUUCUUGGAUCUUAAAAAGGCAUUUGAUACUGUUGAUCAUUCAAUUCUAUUAGCUCAAUUAGAAAAGUAUGGCAUCCAAGGGAGAAGCCUUGAAUGGUUUAAAUCGUACCUCAAGGACAGAAAGCAGGUUUGUUCAAUUAAUGGUAAGAAAUCGUCUGCAAAUGAUAUUAAAUGUGGGGUUCCACAGGGAUCGAAUCUUGGUCCCAUCCUUUUUCUUCUGUAUAUUAAUGAUCUCCCAAAUAGUUUGAAAAUGUCAAAACCUUCAAUGUUUGCUGACGAUACAAAUCUAACCUGUGUUGAACAAAGCUCGAGUGAAAUUGAAACCAAACUUAAUGAAGAGCUUGAGAAUGUCCACCGAUGGCUAACAGGAAAUAAACUUACUUUAAACGAUGAAAAAACCGAGUUCAUGCUCAUCGGCUCAAGAUCACGUCUUGCCUGUGUCCAUAAUAGCCCAAUAUUGAAACUAGGACAAAGACAUAUAAAACGUGUAUACUAUAAAAAGUCACUAGGUAUGAUCCUCGAUGAGAAGUUGAAGUGGGACAAACACAAUGAAGUUCAAUGCAAAACAAUUUCAAAUAGUAUAGUUCUGCUAAAAAGAGCUAGACCUUUCGUUCCUAGACACACAUUAAUUAAAAUGUAUAAUGCCUUUGUUUUGCCUCACUUUAAUUACUGCUCUACAAUAUGGAACGAUGGAUCAUGUACUAUAAUUAAUAAACUUUCAAAAUUACAAAGGAGAGCUGCGCGUGUAAUUACUUCAAGUACAUACGAUAUUCGUUCCUCCCAAAUCUUGAAAGACCUUAAAUGGAAACCAAUUGAAGAUGACUUAAAAAAUAGGGAAACUGUUAUGACAUUCAAAGUUUUAACCGGGCAAGGACCGGAUUAUUUACAGCAAUUAUUUACUGAGUGCAAUAACGAUAAUUACAGUCUAAGAAGUGAUAACACCAAAUUGGCACUCCCAAAACCAAGGACUAAUUUCUUAAAAAGAAGCUUCUCAUAUAGAGCGGCAAAGUCCUGGAACGAAUUAUCUAAUGGUAUAACUGAAGAUUUCUGUGAGCUAUCAGUUAACGCUUUCAAACGGCGACUUGAUAAAACCGCUUAAUUGGUUGGAUCAUUUGAUUAUACAUUAAUUAUACCUUAAUUUAGUAUUGUAUCAUAGUAAAUAGGAUUUCGUUUUUAUUACACGGCCCUUUGAAAACCAGUACCUCUUGUAAAUAUAAAGUUAGUUUUUAAUAGUUACUGAAUAGGCUACCGUGUGUAAAGAUUUUGAUUAAUAAUAAUAAUUAAUAAUAAUAUAACAGCUGUCUUAAUACGUCAAAUUUGACCCAUCAACUUGUAGGAUUUGUUUAUUCACUUGCGCAAAAAUACUAAAGUGAUUUUCAAUUGUCUUAUAGCCAUAAUAAUAAUUUAGUCAUGUACUCAUUUAUCAUAUGGAUAAGGGUUUUGGUUUGGCAAGUAAAACGCUCGUAGUACUCGCACCCCCACUUACAUCCGGGACUUGAGUGGCGUAUUUUCAGUAUGUCACGCUUAUAGGAGUGAUAUGACAUUUCCCGCCUUUCUCGCUGUUUUAGAAAUAUAAUGGCUUCUAGUUCAAGGUUUGUGGAUUUAAGCGAGGACGACAUUAUUAAGUUUUGCAACGAACAAGAAAACGAAAUCACAACAAAAAAGACGAUAUAUGAUAGAUAGUUUUAUUAAAUGAUAGUUACAUUGCAGGUACUACUGAAUUGCGUAACUUUACAAUUAUAUAAAAGUCGUUCAAUAUAGAUAUAAUAAUACAUAAGAAUACUAAAAUUUAUCUUAAUUUACGAUUAUGUACAGUUAAACUACUAACUUUAUACAAGUAUUGAAAUCACCAUUUCACUAUAUGUCAUCAUAAAGCUUACUACUAUGCAUUAUGAAUGACUGAGCAUAGCGUUUGGUCUUUGCAGUUGGAAUAUUAAAAGUUCUACGUUUCCUAAAAUAAUAUUUGGCAUUGUUAUUUCUCUGCGGUAGUAGAGCAUGCAGUUUGUUUUUAGAGUCACUUACAAUUGACCUAAAGAGUGAUUUAGAUAAAGAUUCGUGUUGA